CUCUCUUUACCACAUUUCAUGCAUCAGCCCCUCUCUCUUUUUUUUUUUAUCACUGUCUCCUCCUAACACACACACACACACACACACACACACACACACGCUGUCACACAAAAAGUACAACGAAUUACACCAGCCAGUCUCAUAGCAGCGUUCGGGUUCCGACACCUCAAACUUUAUCUUCUGCUCAAAACUUGGGAAACCAACAACGCUGCGAGCGGUCUGCUUACUUCCUGUCAGCCUAGUCAACACAGCCGGUUUACAGUCAUAAAGAUAAAGGCAAUACAGACUUCCUGUCACAUCUCCAAUAUCCUUAAUAUAAAUCAACCGAUGGAUCUCCUUCUGAUGAAAACUUCACACCUGCUUUAAAGUACAAAAGUUUGACUUCAAAAUUCAGCCUGGAACUGUGACUCCAAACCAGUGGGAUUGUUCUACUCUACUAUAAGGAGACAUGACUGACUCCAAGCCCACCGAUAAUUAUUCCACUACGACUGUCAUUAUCCUUUUAUGCUGUCUACUAUGCCUAAUUGUACUGCUGUUCUUCUUGUACAAGAUGUUGAACAAGGAGGCCAAUGGGAAAUAUACCGUGCAGCGCAUGGUUUAUAAGGAAGGAGGGGUCAGGGACCGGGUCAGAGGGGCAGCCUUGGCUCUGGGGACUCGCCUCGGAGUCCAGCUGUGGCCUCCAAGUGAUAAUGAUGAGGAAAUGAGGGAAGUCCAAGAUGAGGAGAGACAGGUGGAGGAGGGUGGUAGCCAGUGGAAUGACAGCAAGGGGGAUGACCAGGAGGAGAAGGAGGGGGAGGAGGAGGAACAGUGUGGUAGGGCCAAAGGAGAAGGAAGUGAAACCCACGACUACUCAAGUUUGGAGAGUUCGGACGCCGAGGAGGAAGACAGACUAACGGAUCAGGUGGAGAGUGUGGGAGAGACGGAGGAGAAAGUGGGAGAUGGGGAAGGUGAAGGUGAAGCAAGUGGAGGUACUGGGUUGUUGAUAGAUCUAAAGCAGUUCUCUGGAAGUGCCAUCUGGUCUGCGGAAGAGGGAGGUGAGGGCAUAGUCAGCGAUGUGACUGUACUGUGAGAACAUAAUUAAAAAAAACUGAAAUACAAGAGAGGCUUUCGAUUUAGUAGCCUACUGAGGUCAUGAGUCCAAGUCUCCUAAUUAAAUGUUAACAUAUAUUGUCUUUAAAUUUGAUUUCCCAACAUGAUGGUCAAACUACUGUUGCACACUGCCAAAUAAAAAAAAAACUUUGCAUCAGCCUCUAAGUAGAGUAAAAUACUGGAAUCACCCUAUAAAGCACCCCUAGAUACAAGAAGACAUUGUCCUCAAUAGUAGCUAUGGCUUUUUUCUUAAUGUCACUUCCUGUUGAGGCAUGAGGAUAAAAAAGGUGACUGAUGAAUGGAGAUUUUUGUAAAUAUGCGAGUACAACGGAUUGCAUUUGAAUGUGUGUGUAAAGGUUUACUAGUACAACUGGUCAAAUCAAACUUUGUAUUAUUGUGUCAGCCUAUUGCAUGCUGUUUAUGGUGGGCUCAUGUGUUUUUAUUACUGUACAUUUUGAUUUCUAAUUGACAUGAAAAUUAAAAAACAGAAAAACAAAAAUGGA